GAGCUCGCCUGGUCAGUAGGGAAAUGCCGUCUACACGGUGCUCGGUAAACUUUGAAAAGAAACGAGAGUGAAGGAAGAAGUUUGUGGACACGCUUUGACAGUCAUUUCAACAUGGGUUUACUUCUAUAAUGGGCGGAGUAGAGAACCCAUCUGAGACAGCUAUAUUACACAUCGUAACCACGCCAUCGUCCCCGUCUAUGACUGCAGGCAUGGCCCUGUUCAAGCAGCAGACAGUGGAGGAUUUCUACGACAUCGGAGAAGAAUUAGGAAGCGGUCAGUUUGCCAUCGUGAAGCGUUGCUGGGAGAAGAGCACUGGUCUGGAGUUCGCUGCUAAGUUCAUCAAGAAACGUCAGAGCAGAUCCAGCCGGCGGGGGGUCAGGAGGGAGGAGAUAGAGAGAGAGGUCAACAUCCUACAGCAGACACAACACCCCAACAUAGUCACCUUCCACGACGUCUACGAGAACCGUACUGACGUGGUGCUCAUCCUGGAGCUGGUGUCAGGGGGAGAGCUGUUUGACUUCCUGGCCCAGAAGGAGUCUCUGAGUGAAGAGGAGGCGACUCAGUUUAUCAAACAGAUUCUGGAGGGGGUCCACUACCUCCACUCUAGGAAGAUAGCACACUUUGACCUCAAG